UCUCUCACCACUUCUCCUACUUCCCCUCCCCGCCAUUUCUUCCCUCCGUCAAAUCACCAUUCUUCUUCUUCCACCAAAAACUUCCCUUAAUCACCUGCAAAAUCCAACCCCUUGUUAUGGUUCUUGAUGAAAAUAAUGUGCAUGCAAAAAAAAUGGCACAAAAACAAUGCCUUGCUUCAAGUCUUGUCCAUUUUCUUGGUUUUCAUCGUCUCAACGAUAACAGAUGCAAAGAAGAACAAAAGUCUUUGGACAUGUAAUGAAUUUUGAAGUACUAUUUCUGUAUCUCUCUGACCAAAUUCGCCUACAUUAGGAUUACUCAGACUUUGGAUCUUAAAAAUCGUGUUUUCUCCGUAGCACGGUUUAGCUCAGUUUUUCCUUAAACACCUCUUAUACACUAGUCCCUCCGUACCAAUUUAAGUUUCUUAGUUUGACUAGGCACCUCGGUUUAGCCUAGUGUUUCUCUCCUUUUUUCAUAAUCAAAAACAAUGUGCAUGCAAAAAUGGCAGAAAAACAAUGCCUUGGUUCAACUCUUCGCCAUUUUUUUGGUUUUUAUUGUUUUGACGAAUCAAAUCGCAGCGCAGCAGACCGGCAAACCCGAGUCGAUACAGAUGUUGACACAGGUCCUUUAUAGCAGUUUUAGCAAUUUCACAUCCUUGUUUGAUCCUGGCGUUACUGAGGAAUUGAAGUUCUGCAUCGAAGAUGCGGAUGCUGAGUGGGAAGCGGCUUUUAAUUUCACCGACAACACGGAUUUUUUGAGAGAAUGCGUUAAACUGACAAAAGGUGAUGUACUAAAGCGCUUGUGUACAGCAGCGGAGGUAAAGUUCUAUUCUCAACUUUUAACAAAAGGCGGUGGAAGAGGUAACCUGAAACCUAACAAGAAUUGUAAUCUAUCAUCAUGGGCUCCUGGAUGCGAGCCAGGAUGGGCUUGUAGUGUUGGAGAAAAUCUGGUUAACCUUAAAGAUGCAAAGGAAAUGCCACCUAGAAUUCUUGAUUGUCAACCUUGUUGUGAAGGUUUCUUCUGUCCUCGUGGUCUCACCUGCAUGAUACCCUGCCCAUUAGGUGCGUAUUGCCCUCUUUCAAAUCUCAAUGACGACUCUGGUGCAUGUGACCCGUACCAUUAUCAACCUCCUCCGGGGCAGGCAAAUCAUAGUUGUGGUGGAGCAGAUGUCUGGGCUGAUGUUCAGAGUACUCCUGAACUGUUUUGUUCAGCGGGAUUUUACUGUCCAACUACUGCCCUGAAGAUUCCUUGCACUAAAGGCCAUUACUGUAGAACUGGUUCUACAACUCAAUCAAGCUGCUAUAAAUUAGCUAUCUGUGAAUCACAGAGCGAAAAUCAAAAUAUCACAGCUUAUGGUGUUAUGUUUUUUGGUGGAAUCACACUUAUACUUCUUAUUAUAUACAACUGUUCUGGCCAAGUGCUAAGCAGCAGAGAGAAAAAACAAGCAAAGUCCAGGGAACGUGCAGCAAAAAGUGCAAGAGAGACUGUACAGGCACGUGAGAAAUGGAAAUCUGCUAAAGAGAUUGCUCGCAAGCAUGCAACUGGUCUACAAUCUCAAUUGUCAAGGACAUUCUCCCGGAAAAAAUAUGUAAGUCAACAGGACCCGCAUAAGGUUCCUAGUCACGCUAGAUCUCGUUCAGAAGCUGCUUUACCUCCCUUGCCCUUAGGUAUGUCUCAGGCCAAAGCUAAAAAGCAAACGAACCUCACAAAGAUGGUGCAAGAACUUGAUGAAGAUCCUGAUAGUCAUGAGGGUUUCAAUAUUGAGAUUGGGGACAAAAAUAUAAAAAAGCCUAACGCUAAACAGUUGCAAACCAAGAGCCAAAUCUUUAAAUAUGCAUAUGGUCAAAUUGAGAAAGAAAAAGCUCUGCAGGAGCAGAAUAAGAAUUUGACAUUUUCUGGUGUGAUCUCAAUGGCAAGUGAUAUUGAGAUUAGAACUAGACCUCCCAUUGAAGUGUGUUUCAAAGAUUUGACACUUACUUUGAAGGGGAAAAACAAGCAUUUAUUGAGGUGUGUAUCUGGGAAAUUAUCACCUGGCCGUAUUUCUGCUGUUAUGGGUCCAUCUGGUGCUGGAAAAACAACGUUUCUUUCUGCAUUGACUGGGAAGGCUGCUGGGUGUACCAUGACCGGUGUGAUUCUCAUAAAUGGGAAGCCUGAACCGAUGCAGUCAUACAAGAAAAUUAUUGGCUUUGUACCUCAAGAUGACAUUGUACACGGAAAUUUAACUGUGGAGGAGAAUCUUUGGUUUAGUGCUCGGUGCAGGUUGGCAUCUGAUUUGCCUAAACCAGAAAAGGUUUUAGUUGUUGAAAGAGUCAUAGAGUCCUUGGGAUUGCAACCAGUGAGAGAUUCUCUUGUCGGGACAGUGGAAAAGCGAGGCAUCUCGGGGGGUCAGAGGAAGAGAGUCAAUGUUGGGCUGGAAAUGGUUAUGGAACCUUCUUUGUUAAUCUUAGAUGAACCCACUUCUGGAUUGGAUAGCUCUUCAUCUCAAUUGUUGCUUAGAGCAACUCGUCGUGAAGCUCUUGAAGGAGUGAAUAUAUGUAUGGUGGUGCACCAACCAAGCUAUACUUUGUUCAGGAUGUUUGAUGAUUUGAUACUUCUAGCCAAGGGUGGCCUUACAGUAUAUCAUGGACCAGUAAAGACUGUUGAAGAGUACUUUGCAGGCAUUGGAAUAACUGUACCUGAUCGCGUUAAUCCUCCUGAUCAUUUCAUUGAUAUUUUAGAAGGAAUUGUUAAACUCCCGACCACAGGAGUGAGCUAUAAAGAUCUUCCUCUCAGAUGGAUGCUUCAUAAUGGUUACCCCGUACCACCAGACAUGCUAGAUUCUUCUGGAUCAAGAACAUCGUCGGUUGGAGAAAAUUCAGCUGAUGGAGGAGCAAGUCCUGCAACUGCUACCUCCGAUCAAUCUGGAGGAGACAUGUGGUCAGAUGUCAAGUCCAAUGUUGCACAGAAGAAGGAUCGCAUGAAAUUCAACUUUUUGGCAUGGACGGACUUGUCCCAUCGGAAAACCCCUGGUGUAUUGCUUCAAUAUAAGUAUUUCCUUGGAAGAGUUGGCAAGCAGCGAUUGCGAGAAGCCAGGAUACAAGCAGUUGAUUUUCUUAUUCUAUUACUUGCUGGACUCUGUUUGGGAACACUUGCUGAAGUGAGUGAUGAAACCUUUGGAGCAAAUGGGUACCUUUACACCGUCAUUGCAGUUCCUCUUCUCACCAAGAUUGCGGCUUUGAGAUCAUUUUCUCUAGAUAAAUUACACUACUGGAGAGAGAGUUCAUCUGGCAUGAGCGGUUUGGCGUACUUUAUGGCUAAGGAUACAGUUGACCAUAUCAAUACAAUUAUAAAGCCAGCAGUUUAUCUAUCAAUGUUCUACUUCUUCAACAAUCCAAGAUCUUCGAUUUUGGAUAAUUAUCUCGUCUUGCUUUGUGUUGUAUAUUGUGUUACUGGGAUAGCUUAUGCACUUGCCAUCUACUUCGAACCAGGUCAAGCUCAACUGUGGUCUGUGUUGCUACCAGUUGUUUUGACUCUCAUAGCAAGGCAGGACAAUGGCUCAUUCACAGGGAAAUUAGGAAAUUAUAUCUAUACAAAGUGGGCUUUGGAAGCAUUUAUAAUUGCGAAUGCUAAAAGGUACUCUGGGGUGUGGCUGAUCACAAGAUGUGGUGCACUAAGUAAAAAGGGCUUUGCCCUGGAUCAUUGGUACCCUUGCUUAAUAAAACUCAUCCUUCUUGGUGUUAUCAGUCGCUGCGUAGCAUUUCUGUUAUUGAUAACUUUCCAGAAAAAAUAAGUCUUGUUUGUUGCUGUCUUGCUUCAUCACUUGGUAUACUAGCAAAAACAAGGAAGAAUGCCAGUUUACAGACUCAAAACCACGACGAAAAAUGUUGGGAAGCCUCAUAAAGUUGGGUCCCUUGUGAAGAUUACUGUACAUAACCUUGAUAUGAUUCUUGCCAAAAAUGUAAUUUACUCGAAACAAGAGUCGAUUGAACAGGUUAAAUGCUUCUUUCUUCUUUAGGUGAAAAAUCAAGUGUGACAUAUGUGCUAAUAGUAGUUUCUCUUGGAGAUUGAUGCUACCUGGUUCCUGAGCGUCAUGAUGUAGCUUUGAACCUCAAGAGAAAUAACCAAGAAUGUCGUUUCGUCUUCGUGAAGCAGACAAGGAUAUGGCUGAGAGCACAUUUCAGAAAUUGGAGGGUACAGUAUAUACCCAAAAGUUGAUAUAGAUCAGGAUAUUAAGAUCAAAUUAUGGAAAUGGCUAUGCAGCCAAAUCACAAAUGUGAUAGUGCCUACUUGUUGACAGCAUAAAUUCAGUUUUGAGUAGAUAGUAUAUCUUACUAACUUGUUAUGCCCCAACAGUCACCACUGACUCAUUUUUCUGUUCACAAAUUAUCUCAUUUUUGGAUAAGCAAAGAGAAAAAAUAGUGCUGGUAUUGCAAACUGUGUUCUGGAUCAAAGGGAAAUGUAUUCCAUUCAUGAGAGAUUGUGGUUGUGCGCACAUAUGCCUGUUGGUAAAUAGAGAGUAAAAUUGAAGAGAAAAGAAAGGUCUUUUUCUUUUCUCAUGGGGGAAAUAAGUUCAGCAAAUCAAAAGAAAUUGGAUAACAAUGAUUUCAUCUUCAUAUUCUUGUAAUGUUUGCAUGAUGAAAUUAUAUAGCGA